GUACAUCAAUCAAAUUAUGUUGAAAUUCAGUAUACUAAAGUAUACUUUUUUGUUUUUACUAGGGAGCUCAGCAAUCCAGAAGCUAAAUGUGUUCUUAGUGUUGCCAACAGACUGUUUGGAGAGAAGUCCUACAGCUUUCUGCAGGAGUUUUUAACCCAAACAAAGACUCACUACGACUCAGAGCUGGAGGCUGUGGACUUCAGAACCAAAUGUGAGGAAGCCAGAGUCAAGAUCAACAACUGGGUGGAGGAAAAGACGCAAGGUAAAAUCAGGAAUAUGGUGGUGAAGGGCAUGGUGAACAACAUGACCAAGAUGGUGCUGGUUAAUGCCAUCUACUUUAAAGGCAAAUGGAGUGUCCCCUUCCAGAGAUCAAAUACCCGUGAGGUUCAGUUUAGACUCAACAAGAAAGACACCAAACCUGUGCAGAUGAUGGAACUUAAAAGCCACUUCCACCGUGCCUCCAUUGAUGAAGCCAGUUGUGAGAUUCUGGAGAUUCCCUAUGAAGGGAAGGCCCUGAGCAUGCUCAUCUUUUUACCAAGACAGAUAGAAGAUAACGAAACAGGUCUGAAGAAGCUGGAGGACCUCCUGACGGCUGAGACAUUCAUGGAGUGGACUCAUCCACACGAGAUGGAAGGAGGUGAGAUUGUCGUGAAGCUGCCUCGAUUCAAGCUGGAGGAGAAGUAUGAGCUGAACAAAGUCCUGAGCAGCAUGGGCAUGGUGGACGCUUUUGACGAGACAAAGUGUGACUUCUCUGGAAUGUCAAGCAACAAAGGACUCUUUUUGUCACAAGUUUCCCACAAGGCUUUUGUAGAAGUGAACGAGGAAGGAACUGAAGCUGCUGCUGCCACAGGUAGUUUGGUGGCAGAUAGCGUUUCCUACUUCACUGCAGACCACCCCUUCCUCUUCUUCAUUCGAAAUAGAAUCACCAAGACCAUUCUCUUCGCCGGACGCUUCUGCUCCCCCUAGCACGCUCUAUGACCUUUGGAGCAGGUGGGCUACUAAACUCCAGUCUUUGAGGGCUAAAGUCCUGCCACAUCUAGAUGUCCUCCUGGUUCAACACGCUUAAAUGAAAUGGAUGAGUUGCCUCCUGAACUUGCAAUGACGUUCUUCAGAGUCAAACUAGUAACCAAUGGCCAAAAAUUCUCACCAGCACACUCUAUAUCCCGUAAAAUUACCAAAACAGCAGCCACACUACGUCGCUGUCGUUCACAAAAUUGCACAGUUACAAAGGUCGCCGAGUCCAUUUCCAAAGGUUGUGCCGAAAUUCAUCUUGGCAGUCUAUGUUUGCACUGUAGUAAAGAUUCUACGAUAAACAUUAGGUGGAGACGAACUUAUUUGAAUGCACGUUUAAUUGUUUUCAAGUGUUAAGCUGUCAAAAUUGUAAAUUUCUAAGACUAGCAUGAAGAGUUAAGAUCAGAGAUGGUCAUUCCCUGGGUGUAAUGACAUAAACUAUGAAAUUAUCUUUAUUCCUUCUGGUUCAAAGUGAUAUAAUGAUAGGGCGUUUUUUUUUUUUGUUUGUUUGUUUUGUUUUUUUAAUAUGAUUUCCUUUGUAGUGCCAGAACUUGUUGCCAUAUCUUGGAACAUUUUCUAUGGAUUACAUUCUAAAUUUUGAAAUUAUUUCUUAGUUGUCAAACUUUUUGUUGUCUGGACAAAAGUGUGGAAAAUCCAUGGGCAAUAAAUAGCUGUAAGAAUCCAAGUAAUUGUGUUGUGUGAUGCAACUCUUAUAAAGUAGGGUGAAUAAG